GCUCUGGAUUCGCAGGCACGCAAGUGGUGAGGUGCAAGUGACGCAGCAUUCCCGAGGAUCGCAUCUCCUGAGGAGCGGCGCGCGCUCCGUCGCGGAGUUGAGCGUCAAGCCCAGGACAGGCUCCUCGGACAAGGCGCUGUUCCGAUAGGCGAGCUCACAUGCGCAGUCGCACAUGUCGACGUAGAGGAUCUACUGCCGGAUAGUGAGCCCUAAGGCUUCAGCUCAGCAGCUCAGCUCGCCUCUGCGCAAGCGGGAGGAGCUCGAACUGCAGCGCCGCGGGAGGACCAAGGCGCGCGCGGGUGCUGGCUGUUGGCGCACUUGACCCGCUGGUCCAUACGGCGAUGCGGGGUGUGUGCGGCUCUUUUGCGAAACAGUGCUGCCUGCAGACAGCUGCCAAGGGUGUGCGCUGGUCGUCACGCGGAGGCUGCGGCCGCAGCAGGCAUGCUGAGCAUCUCGGAACGUCCACGCCGGCGUCUUCGUCUUGUGCGCUCGGCUUCGCGUCGCCGCCCGCGCGCCGCGCGCGCUCAGCCGGCGCGGCAGCGCAGGCUCCUUCCCUCAUCCGACGUCGAGCGCUCUUUCGACUCGGCCGUGCAAGGCAGAGCGCAGACGUCCAUCUCGAGCUGCCCGCCUGCCGAUGCCGUGCAGCUAGAGGUGCGAGCCCUGCAAGUCCCGCCAGGCACGCCCCUGAGCGGCCGCGGUGCCUGAGUGCAGGCUGUGCGACAAAUGAGGCCCUCCGCCCUCCACCCGCGGUGGCAGCAGCUGCCAGCAAGUCAAGGGCGCAAGACUGCGGGGCCGCAGCUCAGAGUAGAGUGCGUCGGCUGGACGCUCAGGGGGUGCCUUUCGCGUUUCUUCCUGCUUGUGCUCACGUGCAAGAGGCACGGGCGCCGCUGCUCGCUCCGGCGAAGG